GAUCAUUUAUGUUUGAGUGUCUCUUUUUAUCUUCAGAAGGCCUAUAUUGCGGUCUAUCCAGCUGCCAUGGCAUCUCCAGGCGGACAAGGAGGGGGAAUUUUGUCCACUCGAGGAGGAGCCGGUUCCAGGAGGAUGAAGUGGGCUCUGGAGCUGAGUUUAGGCAACACUAGGUGUCGUAGCGACCGCCAGGCCGGCCAGGGAGAUGUCGUUUAUCCCAUUGGCUAUUCAGAGAAGCCUGUUCCCGACACCAGCAUUCAGGAAACGGACAAGAAUCUGGUGGAGAAGCGAUGCUGGGAUGUUGCCCUGGGCCCUCUCAAACAGAUCCCCAUGAACCUGUUCAUCAUGUACAUGUCAGGGAACACCAUCUCCAUCUUCCCCAUUAUGAUGGUGUGCAUGAUGGCUUGGAGGCCCAUUCAGGCUCUGAUGUCUAUGUCUGCCACUUUUAAGCUGUUGGAGAGCUCCAGUCAACAGUGGCUUCAGGGACUGGUCUACUUGGUGGGUAACCUGCUGGGCUCGGCGUUGGCCGUCUACAAGUGUCAGUCAAUGGGGCUGCUACCCACACACUCGUCCGAUUGGCUGGCUUUCAUUGAGCCUCCUCAGAGGAUGGAAAUGAUGGGCGGAGGGAUGGUGUUAUGAAGCGGACGGCGCAUAGACUCGUUAGUCAACUAUUUCCGGCAUCUGUUGCGGCAGCCAUUGCGACCCCGGCGCAGGAGGGAGCCUUCGAUGCGCUGUCAGCAGCCAGCAUUUUUGGCAAUGUCUUACUUUGUUUUUGCCUUGUUUCUUUUUGGACAGAGAUGUUGUUUAUCAGUCUGCGUGUGUGCGUGCGUGUGUGUGUGUGCGCGUUUCCUCUGCAUGUUUCAUGGAAUGUCAUGCCUCACCUGACACCAAGAUUUUUUUUUUAGUAUGCCUGUGUUCUGACAGGAGUCAUUUCUCUUCAUCUGCUUCCUCUUACUCCAUCAGCCAGAAAUGUGUCACUAAACUCUUUAAUUUAUACAGAUUUGCCCUCUUGAAAUAAAUCCUUGAUUUCAAAA